GGAGUAAGUCUGUCGGCCAAAGGAAAAGUAAAUGACAGAAAACCAUGCAGCAGGGCUCUGGUUAACCUCGUUGCUAGUCUUCCAAGUUGUCGUAACACCGUCCCUGAUACACAAAACUAAAAUGGCAUACAGCAGCAGCAGCUACGUUUCAGGGCUCUGGUUAACCCUCUUGCUAACUUUAUUCUGUACAGCCAAAGCCAAAAUUCCUGCAGUCAUUGUUUUUGGAGACUCAAGUGUUGAUUCAGGAAACAACAAUGUGAUGCAAACAGUUCUCAAGAGCAAUUUUCGACCAUAUGGUCGUGAUUUUGAAGGUGGACGCCCCACAGGCCGCUUCUGCAAUGGCCGGAUUCCUCCCGAUUUCAUCUCUGAAGCUUUUGGACUCAAGCCAGCAAUACCAGCCUACUUAGAUCCAGCCUAUAAUAUACAAGAUUUCGCUACUGGAGUUUGUUUUGCCUCUGCUGGAACUGGCUAUGACAGUGCAACCGCGAUGGUUCUAAAUGUGAUGCCCAUGUGGAAGGAAGUAGAGAUGUUCAAAGAUUACCAAAACAAAUUGAGAGCCCAUGUCGGCCAUUGGAAAGCAAAAACAAUUGUGAGGGAGGCAUUAUAUCUGUUAAGCUUAGGAACAAACGAUUUCCUGGAAAACUACUACACAUUUCCCACCAGAAGAGCUCAGUUCACCGUUCAACAGUACCAGAAUUAUCUGCUUGGACUUGCAGAAACUUUCAUCCGGGAAAUAUAUGCUCUUGGAGCACGGAAAAUGUCCCUCACUGGACUUCCUCCAAUGGGGUGUUUGCCAUUAGAAAGGGCCACAAACAUAAUGGGGCAUAAUGAUUGUGUUGAUUUGUACAACAAUGUGGCCAUAGAAUUUAACGGCAAGUUGCAGACAAUGGUGACAAAACUAAACAAGGAUCUCCCUGGACUCAAACUUCUCAACGCAGAUGCAUACAACAUUUUCCAUGAUAUCAUUACAAAGCCCUCUUCAUUCGGUUUUGAAGUGACAAGCAUGGCAUGUUGCGCAACAGGAACAUUUGAAAUGGGUUAUCUCUGCAAUCAAGACAACCCAUUUACAUGUUCGGAUGCAAGCAAAUAUGUGUUCUGGGAUGCCUUCCACCCUACCGAAAAAACUAACAAAAUCAUCUCAGAUCAUCUCAUUCCUCAGCUUUUAUCAACUUUUGCAUGAUUGAUUAAUUAAAUCACACUUUCGAUAUUUAUGGUCUGUAAUUUAUACACUAGAUUGAUGGUGAAAUUUCCUUGGAUUGAUGUUGCUAUAAGCAAGGGAAUAUUAAGUUUGAACAGUCUGAUUAUCAAGAUCUGCAAUCGUUUGAUUGA